AUGUUACAACGGAGAUUUAUAUCCUCCUGUGGUAUAAAGAGAUUGCUUUACAGAGAACCAGACAAGGUAAUACACACCGUUCUCUUUAAAGUACGAUAUUACUCAACAGAGUUGAUCAAAAAAAAGCAUAAGGAAGAUAUUGAGGAUUGGGUUAGAGCACAAUUGAAAGAUUCUUCAAUAAUAAGCAGUGCAUGCGAACCUCAAAACAAACUCGAUUGGAUGGACUGCAUUGCCAAAAGCCCAAGCAGCUUAGAUAUUCUCAAGAACCAAUAUAAUAUAGUGAAAGACAUAGACUUUGAGAUAUUGUGGAAGCAAAAAUUUAAAAGUGCAGAUCCGGAUGUUUUGGCGACAAUUAUUAACUUAUCCGCUAACCAGAAGGUUCUGUUUUCAAUAAAGCAAUUACUGAUCUUAAUAAAUGCCCUUCAUUUUUUAAGAAAGGACUACGAUAUUGGAAGAAUAUACACCACAUAUGAACAAUUUAUGCCCUUAUUAGCAAUCCGCACGGAUAGAGACAUAUAUGGCCAGUUUAUCGAAAUCAUGUUGGUGGUACAGAGUAAUUUACAUCAUUUUGGUACUUGUGAAACUUUGUUUUCAGAAUAUAUCAAAUAUUGCAAAGUAAACCCUCAGAUGAUUUCAUUAGGGUUGAACUCUUUCAUAAGAAAUAAUAAUACUCAAUUAGCCGUGGAGUUUUACACGCAAGCAAUUACCAAUCCUGAUACAUUCCCAAUUGCUGAAAAACAGCUUUUUGAGUUUCUCCGAUGCCUGGAAAGAUACCUAGAUAUAUCAAAUAUUAAGCAUAUCUUUUAUCUGUGGCUAAAAGUGAAAUGUGGCAACGAGCAAUCCUCCUCGACGAAUCUUCCCUCAUUUAAAACCCUUGCUUUAAUGCACAGAAUGUUAUUACGUUUCCCCAAUACAGAUGGGCUGGGUGAUUUUUUAACCAAUCCCGUGAUUUUAAGUACAGGAUACACAUCUAGUGUGCAAUUUGAUUUGGUUGAAUUUUGUCAUUCUCUCUAUUCCAACAAAGGGGACAGAGCUAAAAGCAUUGAUGACUCAACAAUGAUGGAAAGUAUCGAUAAAUUUAUUAUCAGACUUAAUAAUGAUAUUCCGACACGAAAAGAACUAUACAUGUCAGUAGUUCAAGCAUAUGUCUCUACUAACAAUUUUCAGAAUUUAAAAGUAAUCUUGGAAAAAAUCCAGAGUGACAAUGACAUUAACAUAGAUGGUCCGUUUCACUUGUGCAUAUCUAGGUACUUUAUCAAUACUAAUCAAUUCGAAGGACUUUUCAAAUAUUACCGCAGUAUGGUUAAAACCACUGAUGGUAAAACGCGUUUACGGCCCGCAUUCAUCCAACAGUUAUGGUCAUGUGCCGUAAAUGUUUAUCCAAUGUUGACAAAAGAAAUUACAAAUGACCUACUAGUGACACUGAAAAGGAAUCAAUACAGCAAGUGUCUCACAUGGGUGUAUACUUUUUUACAAGAAAACGCCCAUGUUCAUACGAGAAAGAUUAAUGGUGGAGAAGACUCCUCGUUAUCCGGGUUCAAUUCAGUCGAUUUUGAAAGAUUUGAAGAGUUUAAGAGAAAAAUCUCUCUCAAUGAUGUAUAUGGAGCAGAAUUGGUGAUUUCAAAUAGUUUGAAGGAGGGCAUUGCCCCCCAAUUUUCAUUUCUAUAUUCCGUUUUGGCAUUAUGUUUGAGCAACUCUUUAACUAGUUUGGCACGUGUAGUUGAUAGGAUAUUAAGAGCCAGGUUCUGCUAUAUCCCAUUAAAAGUCGAUAUAUUAUGGUUAAAAUGGGAUGUCAUUUCUAAUUAUAGAUCUUUUGAAAAGUUGUCAACUGAACGCUUGAAAGAACUGGAAUUUAAACUGAAGGAAUUUGAGCGAAUACAUCAAAAGGAUCUAUCAGUGCAGAACUAUUUACAACUUACGCAAAUCUGCUUUCACACCCGUGAUUUCAAAUAUGCUUGUUACUUAAUUUCACAAGCUAGAAAAAAUUUGAUUACUUCCAACAACAAACAGUGGAUGAUGUAUUAUAUGACAUCUUUGAAGCUGGCAGCAAGAAUGCAUGAAAGCGAACGGUUUAGUAGGAUUUUAAAAGAUUGGAAUUGUAAUCACAGGGCAAGCUUAAUUACUCCAGGCUGUAUUAGGCAAAUCAAGGGAUUUAUGAAGUAUUUUGAGAAAAGACCCGUUUACACUUCAACUGCUGCUUCUGUUGAUGACAAGGAGGUGAAAGAUCGCAUCGAUGAGUUAGUUCUUCGAUAUGUGGACUACAAAUUCCAAGGACUUGAGAGUAUGAGAGAGUUAACAAGUUUUUUAAAAGAUUGGUUUGAUGAAGAGAUUUCACUAAUAAAGUUGGAACAAAAUGAAAGAAAAAUGAAGCUUCUUAAGGAGAAUAUAAAAGAAGAGACGUAA